GCAGCGGCGGCGGCCGGCGGGCGGGGGCCCGGACGGCGGCGGCGGCGGCGGCGAAGGGGCGGCCGAGCCCCCCCGGGAGUUACGCUGUAGCGACUGCAUCGUGUGGAACCGGCAGCAGACGUGGCUGUGCGUGGUGCCUCUGUUCAUCGGCUUCAUCGGCCUGGGGCUCAGCCUCAUGCUCCUCAAAUGGAUCGUGGUGGGCUCCGUCAAGGAGUACGUGCCCACCGACCUGGUGGACUCCAAGGGGAUGGGCCAGGACCCCUUCUUCCUUUCCAAGCCCAGCUCCUUCCCCAAGGCUAUGGAGACCACGACCACAACCACUUCCACCACGUCCCCUGCCACCCCGUCCACCGGCGGCGCCUCCUCCUCCAGGACGCCGAACCGGAUCAGCACCCGCCUCACCACCGUCACGCGGGCGCCCACUCGCUUCCCUGGGCACCGGGUGCCUAUCCGGGCCAGCCCGCGCUCCACCACGGCCCGGAACACUGCGGCCCCCCCGACGGUCCUGUCCACUACGGCCCCUUUUUUCAGCAGCAGCACGCCGGCCUCCCACCCCCCGGUGCCAGGACCCGCCAGUACCCAGGCAAUGCCCUCCUGGCCCACUGCGGCAUACGCUACCUCCUCCUACCUUCAUGAUUCUACUCCCUCCUGGACUCUGUCUCCCUUUCAGGAUGCUGCCACCUCCUCCUCUUCCUCCUCUGCUUCUUCCUCCUCUACCACCACCACUACCACCACACCAGAGACUAGCACCAGCCCCAAAUUUCAUACCACGACGUAUUCCACUGAGCGGUCGGAGCAUUUUAAGCCCUGCCGAGACAAGGACCUUGCAUACUGUCUCAAUGAUGGCGAGUGCUUUGUGAUCGAAACGCUGACCGGAUCCCAUAAACACUGUCGGUGCAAAGAAGGCUACCAAGGAGUCCGUUGUGAUCAAUUUCUGCCGAAAACUGAUUCCAUCUUAUCGGAUCCAACAGACCACUUGGGGAUUGAAUUCAUGGAGAGUGAAGAAGUUUAUCAAAGGCAGGUGCUGUCAAUUUCAUGUAUCAUCUUUGGAAUUGUCAUCGUGGGCAUGUUCUGUGCAGCAUUCUACUUCAAAAGCAAGAAACAAACUAAACAAAUGCAAGAGCAGCUGAAAGAGACGCAAAACGGUAAAAGCUACAGUCUCAAAGUAGCCAACACAAUGGCAAAUUCGGAGAACCUGGCGAAGAGCCAUGUCCAGCUGCAAAAUUACUCAAAGGCAGAAAGGCAUCCGGUGACGGCACUGGAGAAAAUGAUGGAGUCAAGUUUUAUCGGCCCCCAGCCAUUCCCAGAACUCCCUUCUUCUGACAGAGGAAGCCAAUCUGUCAAACACCACAGGAGCCUGUCCUCUUGCUGCAGCCCAGGGCAAAGGACUGGGAUUCUCCAUCGGAGCGCCUUCAGGAGGACACCCCCCUCGCCCCGAAGUCGACUGGGUGGAAUUGUGGGACCAGCAUAUCAGCAACUCGAAGAAUCAAGGAUCCCAGAUCAGGAUACAAUACCUUGUCACGGGUAUCCAUCCAACGGUUUAAAACUCCAACAAAAUGCAUCAAUAAAUAUGCAACUGCCUUCAAGAGAGACAAACCCCUAUUUUAAUAGCUUGGAUCAAAAGGACCUGGUGGGAUGUUCAUCCACAAGGGCCAGUUCCGUGCCCAUCAUACCUUCAGUGGGUCUAGAGGAAACCUGCAUGCAAAUGCCAGGGAUUUCUGAAGUCAAAAGCAUCAAAUGGUGCAAAAACUCCUACUCCGCUGACCUUGGCAAUGUGAGUAUUCCAGUCAGCGAUUGUCUUAUAGCAGAACAACAGGAAGUGAAAAUAUUGCUAGAAACUGUCCAGGAGCAGAUCCGAAUUCUGACUGAUGCCAGGCGGUCAGAAGACUACGAACUGGCCAGCGUAGAAACUGAGGACAGUGCGAGUGAAAACACAGCCUUUCUCCCCCUGAGUCCCACAGCCAAAUCAGAACGAGAGGCACAAUUUGUCUUAAGAAACGAAAUACAAAGAGACUCUGCAUUGAACAAAUGACUUGAGACAUAGGAAUCUGUGCAUUCUAUGCUUUGCUCAACAGGAAAGAGAGGAAAUUAAAUACAAAUUAUUUAAAUGCAUUAAUUUAAGAGCAUCUACUUAGAAGAAACCAAAUAGUCUAUCGCCCUCAUGUCAUAGUGUUUUUUAACAAAAUAUUUUUUUAAAGGGAAAGAAACGUUUCAGGAGGGAUAAAGCUUAUAACUAAAGCUUUUGGCUAGAAUUCGGAAUACAAUUUCAUUUAGUCCCGACACUCUCCUCUUUGGAUUUUAGAAGAUGUGGGCAAUUCAGACAUGCGGCCCCACAGCUCCAGUGACCUCAUAAAAAAUGCACUGGGGGUUACACGGUUUCAGACAACUUUUUCCUGAGGGUGCAAGUGCCGUAAGCAAGCAGCCCUUGCCAUUUGGCUUCCAGUCCCAACCCCUAAAUUUCUAUUCACCCGACAGCCUCAUCACAGGUUACGUCAUGUCUGCAAAUGUGGUGUUUUCUACUUGAUUUUUGAAGGAUGGCACUUAGAUUCUGGAUUGGGAAGGAGGACAGGAGAUAGAAGGAGUUAUUGGGGCAAUCUAAGCUACUCUUAAACGCCAUCUUCCUCUGAAAUUUGAAGGCUCAGAAUCUCAAAGGGAGGUGCUCAAAUUCUUACAGAAAAAGACGAAUCACAAUGUUGUGUCACUGAAAUCAUGCGAAUAGAAAUGUUUUCCUUUGAGAUUGGGGGCUCCAAAGGAAUGUUUCUUGCUGUGUGCGUGCCUCUGUGUGUGCGUGUGUGAGCGUGUGUACACGUGGGCUUGCUCGCUCGAGCACUGGUGUGCUGUAUGCACAUGUGCGUUCAUUGUGUGUAUGUGUGUGCAUGUGUGUGUAUUAAGCUUGCUAAACUGUGUUCUGAGACAUCAGGGAAUCUAAUAUUCAUAAAAAAAUUUCCCUCUUUGAUCUGUUCACUCUAAAUUUUUCCACCAAGUAUGAAUUUCACUUAGUAAGUUCUUAAACCAAGAUCACUUGCAUGGCGCGGUCCUAUAAAACUCUUGACAAUGUCUAGACCAUUUUCUGAUGUGAAUACUUUUGAGAGGAAAAGCUAUUGGCUCAUUUAAUGAUCUCAGUAUCACAAGGUGAAUUGAUGGAGGAUGUGUGUUUAUUUUGAAUCAUGCAGACUUAAGUUAUUUACACAAGCCAGUUAUCCAAUUGACAGGUACCAAAUUGCUUUCUCAUCAUCCUCAUUACUAUUUAUUUUAUAGCAAGUCUACUAUGUGUGGACCCAGUCUAGGCUUCUGUGCUUAGUAUGGAAAGAAUAAAUGGUUGAAAUCACAAAGUCCAGACUUACUCAGUUCACAGGAAGUCCCUAAAAGAACAGUAAAUUGUGUUGUAUGUUCAUUUGGAAUAAAGCAAUAUUUUUACCACUGCUAAGGUGAACUGAAACCUCUCCUAAAGAUUUGUCUGUUUUAUUUAUCCUUACUUUCAUGGGGCAUUCAAAGAAAUUAGUGUUCACAUAACCAGUCUUUUUCCAGUUAUUGGUGGUGUUGAGUUGUUAUGUUUACACUGUUUUAAAUAAAAAGGCACAGUAUUGAAAGUAUAUAAAAGAUUUCUUUUACUGCAGUUUGGGAAAACCUUGGUUAAAAUUUCCUUUCUGAAGAUUCACAUUCCAUAGAAAGGGCAUUCGGUUGUAACUAUUUCUAAAUCAAACAUUGAAUAUAUACAAUUCUUGUUUUAGGCUAAGUUGUCUCUGUUGAAAAUGCACUACCAAUUGCUCUUUGAGAACAUCCUUUAAUAAUGGACAUAAUGCCUUCCAGGCUUACAGAAAAAACAAAAACAAAACAUUCUGUUCUUGAUUAACACUUGUUAGGAAGUUUAAGGUCUCAAUUGAGGCACUUUGAAAUUGUGUUUUAUAUUUAACCAACGGUUGUGUGAUGUUUAUUAACCAUUCCAUUAUAGUUCUGUUGUUUAAAAUAUAAAGAUAAUAUUGUUAGAAUUUUAAAAUAUUACUCAGAAUGUAUUGUGCCUACAUCAUCUAAGUUUUCAUUUAAAGAUGUUAUAUCUUUGGG